AUGUCAAACCAGCAAGAAAACACAAUUGCAGAAGUAUCGGAUGACAUGAAAAAUGAACCUAUUAAAGCGCCUGCUGUGCAAGUAGCUAAAGUAAUUGCCGACCUGCAACAAUAUGAUGAUGUUGCAUCGAAGAAAUCGGAAGAGGUUGCAUUUGAUCAACAUACUGUUGGAGGUAACCCGAAUAUUCCAAAUGCAGUAGAACCGUUGCGAUCCUCAGAAGCACACAAUGUUUCAUUUGAACUGGAGCCUUCAAGGUUAACAAUACUGAGCACAAUUGGGCAAG